AUGGGUAUCACAUCCGAGUUAGAGGCUAAUAGAGUCCAAGAAUUAGACGAACUUCUUACUAUUUUGAAACCUCGAUUAUUAGAAUAUAUCUCGAAAUCCGAUCCCAACUCAUCUAAUUAUCAACUGGAUUCAUUAGGGAAUUAUCAAGAACCCCAAUUUUUAAAAACUCAGUUUUUUAAAUAUACUGAAGAUGAAUUGACCAAACCGGUGGCUAAUACCGAUGAAUUGUUUGCUGUUAUUGAUAAAGUAUUGCAAUAUUCCGUUAAUACUUGGAAUCCGGGGUUUAUGGAUAAAUUAUAUGCGUCAAAUAAUCCUAUUGGGGUGAUAUCUGAUAUUUUAUUAUCAGUUCUUAAUACUAAUAGUCAUGUUUAUACUGUAUCACCUGUUUUAUCAGUGAUUGAGAAUUAUAUCGGUAGAAAAUAUGCAUCUUUAUUUUUCACUAAUAAUAAAACUACAUGUGGUGGAUUAACCUUUUCAGGAGGUUCAUGGUCAAAUAUUACUUCAUUACAAAUGGCUAGAAGUUUGAAAUUCCCUGAUACUAAAUUAAAAGGAAAUGGUAAUUAUAAAUUCGCCAUUUAUACUUCUAAGCAUUGCCAUUAUUCAGUAGAAAAGGCUGCAAUCUUGUUAGGAAUUGGAGCUAAUUCCGUAUUUAAAGUUGAUAUUUCAGAUGAUGGAUCAAUGAAUAUUGAUUCCUUACAAGAAACCAUCAAUAGAACCAUUAAAGAAGGGUAUACUCCGCUUUAUAUCAAUGCUACUGCUGGUACAACUGUUUUUGGAUCAUAUGAUCCAUUUGAAGCCAUUUCCAAGAUUGCUCACAAACAUAAUAUUUAUUUCCAUAUUGAUGGAUCAUGGGGUGGAAAUGUGAUAUUCUCUGACGAACAUAAAUAUAAAUUAAAAGGAUGUGAACAUGCUGAUUCUAUAACCGUUAAUCCUCAUAAGAUGUUAGGUAUACCCAAUACCUGUUCAUUUUUAUUGAUUCCUCAUGUGGGUAAUUUCCAAACUGCUAUGAGUUUACAAGCUCCAUAUUUAUUCCAUGGACGUGAAGAUGAUGACGAUGAGAAUUAUGAUUUAGCAGAUGGAACCAUGGGAUGUGGACGUCGUGCUGAUUCAUUCAAGUUUUAUAUGGCUUGGUUAUAUUAUGGAUAUGAAGGAUUUCAAAAAAGAAUCAAUCAUGCUUUUAAGAUUGUAGAAUAUUUCGUUACUCAAAUUAAACAAGAUUCAAGAUUUAAAUUGAUUAUUGAUGAUCCUCAAUGUUUCCAAGUUUGUUUCUAUUAUAAACCUAAAUCAUAUAAAAGUCAUGAUAAUACUGAUAUUACUAGAUUUAUAUCGAGAGAAUUACAUAAAUUAGGAAAAUAUUUAGUUGAUUUUUCACCAAAUCCAACUGCUAAGCCUAAAGAAAAUGAAGAAAGAGGUGAAUUUUUCCGAGUUGUGUUUAAUUCCCCAAUUUUAACCGAUAAAAUCAUUGAUGAUUUAAUUUCAAGUAUUAUUAAAGUCGGUAAACAAUUCGAAUUUGAAAAUUAA